AAGCAUGCAUUCGUCGAUUCCUCAAAUGGCAUCAUCAAUUCCUUAACAAUUCUGUUGCAGUCCUAAAAUUUGAAAUACAAUCAUUUCCAAUCCUUUAUUCUUUUUAAGACAACUCCAACCAAGUUUAUUUUUGCACAUUUAUGACACUGGACUCAAAUUCAGCCACGGUUCACGAGAAGACACGACGCAGGAGCCACAUACUUGAAUCGUCUCCUCUACAUCUCGUCUCCACCUCCCUUCGCUCAAGAUGAAGGCGGCACCGCUACUUGAUAGGAAGCCCGACGAGUUGCAGCUCAUUGGAGACGACGGGGAUUACCUCCCAAUAAGAGGGCUUAAACCGUGGUGGAGGGUAUUCUGCAUAGAGUCUGGGAAACUAUGGAGAAUAGGCGGGCCAAUAGCAUUUCAAAUUGUGUGUCAGUAUGGAACUAGCGCUGUAGCCAUCAUGUUUGUUGGGCAUCUCGGAGAUAUUGAACUAUCCGCCUUUUCUAUUGCUCUGUCCGUUAUCUCCACAUUUUCUUUCGGUCUCCUGCUCGGUAUGGGGAGUGCCCUUGAGACGCUAUGUGGUCAGGCAUUCGGCGCUGGUCAAGUUCACAUGCUUGGCAUUUACAUGCAACGCUCAACUAUAAUCCUAUUUGCCACUUGUGUUGUCCUGUUGCCACUCUACGUGUUUGCGACCCCAAUCCUGAAGCUCCUUGGACAGGAGGAUGACAUAGCAAAUCCUGCAGGAGUAUAUACCACUCUGAUUCUCCCGCAAUUAUUUUCCCUUGCUGUCAGUUUUCCGACUCAGAAGUUUCUUCAAGCCCAGAGUAAAGUUGCCGUGCUUGCAUGGAUCGCGUUUCUUGCAUUGGUUUCACAAGUUUUCAUGUGUUGGCUUUUCAUUUAUGUAUUUGGCUGGGGAGCAUAUGGUGCAGCCAUAGCAUUCGACCUUACGAGUUGGAUCACAGCAUUUGCACAAUUUGCUUAUGUGGUUGGUUGGUGCAAGGAUGGUUGGAAGGGAUUUUCUUGGUCUGCAUUUAACGAAAUAUGGGCCUUUGUGAGGCUCUCCCUUUCAUCUGCUGUCAUGCUCUGCCUCGAGAUUUGGUAUAUGAUGAGCAUCAUUAUCCUUGCUGGAAACCUUGACAAUGCUGUGACUACAAUUGGUUCCCUUUCUAUUUGCAUGGACAUUGAUGCAUGGCAGACCAUGUUGUUCAUUGGAGUCAACGCUGCUAUAAGCGUACGUGUCUCAAAUGAGCUUGGCUUUGGACAUCCAAGAGUAAUCAAAUAUUCUGUCUAUGUCACAGUCUUUCAAUCACUGCUGAUAGGGAUUCUUUGCAUGAUUAUUGUCCUGGCUACAAGAAAUUAUUUAGGUUUAAUUUAUACGCAUAGCGAAACUAUGCUACGUGCAGUAUCUCACCUUUCAAUCCUUCUUGGAAGUACAAUGCUUCUAAAUAGUGUCCAACCAGUGAUAUCAGGUGUUGCCAUUGGAGGUGGGUGGCAAACUCUGGUAGCUUACAUCAACUUGGCUUGUUACUACCUUUUUGGUAUUCCUCUCGGAUAUGUUCUUGGCUAUGUGGCUAAUUUUGGAGUGAUGGGACUCUGGGGUGGGAUGAUAGCCGGAACAGCUCUACAGACGUUGCUGCUUUUGCUGGUACUCUACAAAACCAACUGGAACAAGGAGGUUGAGCAAACAACGGAGCGCAUGCGAAAGUGGGGAGGACAAGACGUAACUGAGAAAUCACAUAGUGACAAGUUUCCAUUAAAAAAUGGAAGGGACUCUGGGGUGGCAUGAUAGCUGGAGUAGCUCUACAGACGUUGCUUCUCUUGCUGGUACUUACAAAACCAACUGGAAUAAGGAGAUUGAGCAAACAACAGAGCGCAUGAAGAAGUAGGGAGGGCAAGAUGUUUUGGAUAAAACACAUAAUGACAAGCUUUCAUUGAAAAAUGGAGGGUGAGUUUGAUAUCAAUACUAAAAAGGAUUGGACGAUAUAUGAAUAGAGAUUUUAACUAAUUUUACCUACAGUAUUGCUGUCUAGUCCUAUUUAAUAUUUUUCAUAUCAAACAUACUUGACGUUAAUUCUUCAAUAAAAUGAUGCUUGAUAUUUUGAAA